AGUGAACUUAUUUUCGUUAUGUUAUUCUGGAUUUUUUUGAGUUGCGUUAUAUUUAUCAUCACUUUGGUCCUUUGGAAAAAAAGACGCUUGCUUUACUACGCUUGGAAAAUUCCCGGACCAUUUUCACUACCUCUGGUGAUCACUGUGCGAAUGUUAUCUGCAACAAAAAAUAUUUCAGAAGGUUACGAAAACUUUUGUCGAAACAUAGAUACCUAUAGACCCGUCAUGAAAGGCUGGGUAGGUUCAUGUUUGUAUAUAGUGACCAUGAGACCGACAGACGUAGAAAAAAUAUUGACAAAUUGUCUAAACAAGUCACCUUUCUACGAGAAGCUUAACGAUGUAGUGAAAAACACCCUACUAACAUCUAAAGUCGACGUCUGGAAAAAGCAUCGAAAAAUGAUCAAUCCCUCUUUUAAUUUGAAGAUUUUAAAUUCGUUCCAUGAUGUGUUUGUGAAAUAUUCAAGAGAGAUUGUGAAGUUCUUGAAUGACGCAGAAGGUAGCGAACAGGAGGAUUUCGUUUCAGUUGUCUGGGAACAGACAUUUGAUGCUGCUUUAGAAACCUCAGCAAACGUAAGACCGCAUUUGAUAAAAGAUAGAUAUAGUGCCAUUAGAGCCGCCAUGAAACUUGAAAAGAUACUUACACAGAGAUUUCAUAAGCCUUGGCUUCUCAUAGGUUUAAUUUGGAAAUUAUCCAACUUAUAUAAAGUGCAUCAAACGGCUUGCCAAACUUACCGUGCAGUUUUCGAAAAAAUAGUAGCAGAAGCACACAAAGCAUAUGAGUCUGGGGAUAGAAAUGAUGAUACGAUUCGAAGUAAGCUUUUUCUACCACACUUGAUCAAACUAAACCAAUCUAAGCAAAUUACCCGUGAAGAAAUUUUAGAAGAAACCUGUUUAAUGAUUAUGGCAGCAAGCGAAACCACCGCAAUCACAGUCAAUAUGAUUUUAACGAUUUUAGGAAUCUAUCCAGACAUUCAAGAAAAAGUUUACCAGGAACUCGUUUCAGUUUUGCCACACAUGGAAAAACAUCCAACCUUGGAAGAGAUCAGUCGUCUGGAGUAUCUAGAACGCGUGAUAAAAGAAACAAUGAGAUUAUGUCCUACAGUUCCUUUUAUUUUGCGAUAUGUUGACGAAGACAUUAAUUGCGAUCCUUAUGUCUUUCCUGCCGGGUCUAACUUGGUUAUUCCUAUUGUACAUAUACACAAGGAUCCAGAUGUGUGGCCUGAACCGGAAAAAUUUGAUCCAGAUCGCUUUCUCCCUGAUGAAAUUGCAAAACGGCAUCGCUGUUCCUACAUUCCUUUCAGUUUUGGUACCAGAAACUGUAUAGGUUUCAAAUUUGGUAUGAUGUCAGUAACAAUAAUGCUUGCGACGAUCCUGAGACGCUUCAAGGUACAAACUCCUAGUAUGAAAUCAUUGAAGGACAUCAAGUGGCAGUAUCUCAUGAUCCUGAAGCCAAAAUACAGUCGUUUCGUUUUCGAAAAAAGAAUAUUUUGAUCUGAUGUAUUUUUCCAAAAGUAAGGGGUUAUGUUAUUUUGUAUAUAAAUUUGUA